AUGGAGGCCAAGCUGAAAUCAAUGUUGGAGGCUGCUGUCAAGGACAAAAAAGUCCCGGGUAUUGGAUGCUUCAUCAUCGACUCCAAGGGCAACUUCCUGCUUAAGGAGACCUUUGGAACUACGCAUCUCCAAGAUCCCAAUGCCGCCCCAUACGACGCCGACACUACAAUGGCAAUUUUCUCAUGCACUAAACUUAUUACCACGAUCGCUGCCCUGCAACUGGUCGAACAAGGCAAGCUCUCCCUCUCGGACCCCGUGGAGAAAUACGUACCUCGAAUCUCCAAUAUCAAGGUGCUUGAAUCCGUCAAGACGGGUGCAGAUGGCAAACCUGAGCCUGUCUUGCGCUCACCAGCAUCAAAACCCACCAUUCUUCAGCUCAUGACGCACACGGCUGGGUUUACAUACGAUUUUUUUGAGCACGGAACCCUCGCAUACCGCAUGGCCACAGGUCGUGCUCCGAUGCAAUAUCACACGGUUGGUGGCUGGGAAGAUUUUGAGACACCCUUGCUGGCCGACCCAGGCACCAAAUAUAUCUACGGCGUCAACAGCGACUGGCUUGGUUUCGUCAUUCAGGAGGUCUCUGGCCAAACCCUCCCGGACUACAUCACUGAACACGUCUGCAAGCCACUAGGCAUGAACGACACAGGCGGUAAGCUGCCAGUAGGGAAGAAAAACACUUUCCUCGUUCAUUUCGACACGCCCGACAGUGCAGAACCUGUAGGGAACCCGAACAUGAAGCAUAACGAAUCCCCCACCGUCUGGGGCGGCGGAGGCUUCAUCUACUCGACAAUGAACGACUAUGCGAAGUUACUCGCGACGUUACUCAACAACGGUACAUCACCUACCACUGGCAACUCGAUCCUGAAGCCUGAGACCGUCAAAGAUCUCCUUUUCACGGACCUGCUCGGUCCGGAAGUGGACAAGUCCCUUCUCGGCGAAAUCGGUGCAAGCAUUCCGCAAGCCUCCCUCGAGGGCUCUUUCUUCCCGUCUUUGCCGGUCGAGAAACGGGGCUGGUCCGCCGCGUUGCUCCUCAACCACGACGAUUUACCGUAUGGUCGCAAAUCCGGCUCCGGUGCAUGGGCAGGCCUGGGCAAUUUGUACUACUGGAUCGAUCCGAAGACCGGUAUUGCCGGGAUGAUCUGCACGAACGUUCUGCCCUUUUUGAACCUCACGGUCAUGAGGCUGUUUGAUGAGUUAGAGCGUGUCGCCUAUGGGCACGAUGUGAGCGGCGAUGGAGUCGAUCCGGACAAGAGGAAUUAUAAACCCAAGCUCUGA